AAGUAAGCAAACAUUUUCCUCUAAUUUAGAUUCUUUAAACAAAAGUUGCAAAUGAAUGUGGCCUUCAUCUAUUGUAAAAUUAAAAAUGGAGAUGGUCAACGGGUUACCACCAGUCUGUUUCUUGCACUGAUAAUUUUUCUAGACAUUAAAUCUCUCCAUCUGUUCCCAAUAGAAAAAGAAAGACAGGACCACCAGACUCUUCAGGGAAUCCAAGAGGAAGAAGGGAAGGAUUCCAGAAAUGGAGAGAAGCUGGACUCUAGGGAUGGAUCUGGGGAUGCUCCACAAAGAGCAGCUGUGGAGGAUGCAGAAGAGUUGGCUAGUGGGACAUUCCCACUGAGGAGCGUGGCAGGGGGAAUGUCUAAUAUUCACUAAGAAAAUGCUUGAAAUGUAACGUUUAAAUGAAGCUCCUCAAGUUUCCUUAAAAUACAAAUUCAUGACUCUCUCUUUCUCUCUCUCUUUCUCUCUCUGUCUUUGGUAUGUUAAAGUAAUCAAGGAAAGGGAUUUUGUUUUAUAACUGGGUUACACAGGGGAGAGACCAGAAUAGCUGAAAGCUGUGAGACAUGAAGAAAAUUCAAGAUUUAGGAGACAUGCAGAACAUCAGUGUCUAGGCAAAAUGGCAGACUGACCAACCCCCACACACUGAAUCCCUAGAGAUACUAGGACAGGGAUAUUGAGAAAAAUUUACCCUUAAAUUGUAAAGGACAAGGCAACUCAGCAUAUUGAAUGCCUUGCUGGCAAACAGGGGCUAAUAUUUGGGAUGCAUAUUGGGCAUAGAUACACAGAAAAUAAUUUAUCAGUGACAUUAAUAAUAUGACAUCUCUUUGUUGAGCAUGUACUGCUGUCUUAAUAUCACAAUUCUAAGGGGUCAACAUCCAGACUAAGCUUCUUAUUUGCGAGGCUACAUUUUUCUUAGAAAAAAUGCAUAUCUGAAAUGGAAUAUUGAUUUUUUUUCCUGGAUCAUACAUAAAGACCAUCAGAAAUUAAUUUUUGAUAAAACACUGCUAUACUCAUUAGAGACAUAUUUUAAUUAGAUUAAUUUUGCCUUAACAGUCCAUGAGAAGUUACAAGUAACUUGCAAUGAGACAUUAACAUGCAUCAUUCUUGAUAUAAGUAAAAAUUGAAAUGAUUAGAAGCAUACAAAUGUAAAGUAUGUUGCUGGUAUAUGCAAGCUCAAAAAACUUUUACCUGAUAGAAUUAGCAAGAGCAGCUAUGUUGAGCUUCUUUCAGUUAAAAGUCAUUUUUGGCUAUGUCUCUCUAAGGAUAGAAAUAUCACUGCUUUUGAUCUCAUUUAGAAUUCUGCUCACUUUUAGGAAAGUGGGGCUGUUUGGAAAUGGUCAGCCAUAUCCUUACUGAAUUUCCUAGGACUUGACUGCACCCAUUCUAGUUAGCAAGUAAGAUAUAAUUAUAUAUUGUAUUAUGACUUCUCAAAGAACUUAUAUUUUAAUUUUCCUUCUUUUAUGUUCAUUAUCUUCAUUUGGACUACUCCACGUGACAAAAGCAGUUAUUUUUCUUCUAUCCCCUAAACUGGACCACAUAAAUGCUCUUAGUUCCAAAUCAUAUUCUUUAAGAAACAAGUGUUCACUGAAUGAUUUACUGCUUUAUGUAAUAGGUACUAUACAAGAUACAUGAGGCCCCCCACACCCUGAAAACAGAUGUUUCUUCCUGGAGCUUGCAAAAUAGGAGAGAAACUUUUAAUUUACCCUUUCUCAGUAAACCGUUAUACAAAACAGAAGUGAAAUUGUGGAUCCAUUGAACUCAAUCUGGCUGACUUGUGACCUCUACGUGUUCAUAAACCCACUGAAAUAUAUAACUUGUUGUUUAUAUUAAAUAUGCACCCAAGCAUGAUUAGAUAAACAUUGAAAGUAUAUUUUAAUUUUAACCAUCAGUGGAAGUAUAUGGGGUGAUUUAAGUCGUUCAUAUUAGUUUAUUUUUAUCAGGUGUUCCUCUUUGUCCAUAGUGAAAUACAAUACAGAGAUUAUAGCCUAUGGCUUGACAGGAUAUCUUAUAGUUGGUAACAGGACUAAAUUAAAAGGAACAAAAGGAAAAAAAAAUAAAUGAGGAUGUCUAAUUUUAAGAUAAAGAAAGAAAAUUCACUCACUCUUCCAGGAUAGCAUCAGAGACAACGUUAGAACCAAGAGUCUCAAAACCUUGCCUUGGAUGGUUUGCGUGAUGCUAUGAUUAAAGAAAAGGGGGUGGGGAACUAAGAGAGGAAGCCAAAGAGAAAUAAUUCAGUACCUAACAGCAAUAUUCAGAUAUUUUAUUAAAGAAAAGGAGGUUUUGACCUUGCUGGUGAAUAAAGGUGAUCCGAAACAUUUGCCAGAUACAAUUAAGGCCAUAAGGCAAUAAUUACAAAAGUCAAGGAGCCCUUGCCAUCUCCAAAGCAUCAUGUGCGGAUGCAGGAACCAUUAUUAAGAUCAUGGGUAGUCAAGGAGAAAGCAGAUACAAUAAAGCUGUACCCAGCAAUACAAAGGGACAUACAAGUGGGUGUUGAACUUAGGGAAAAAGGCUCCCCAUGACCUCAAGAAACGUUUCUGGAUCUGAGAUAUCCAUUAGCACAUUUAGAAGGUACCUAUUUCCAUUAUUGUGAAGGAGUUGUAAAUGAAAUAAACAACUUUAAAUAAUACCUCCCUUGGUCAAACUGGAUCAAGUAUUCCCUGAUGGAAUUCAUUCAUCAUCAUUCAAACAGAAUGGUUUGCAACUCAACCUGCCUAGUGUGGGGUCUGGAAUUCCCACCACAGUCACUGUGCCUUAAGCACUGUUGCAGCAGAAGGACUUGAAGUAACACAUGAAUAUAUAAUGCCAAUUUGCAUGUCAGCAUGGAUUGUUGAAAUUGAAGUUAGUUAAUUGUCACAUUGUAACAGGAAAAGAAUCCAAGUUUUGGAGCUGGGUGGAACUGAGCUUUCAUCUUCUUUCUCUGCUACUUAACUAUGUUAUCCUGAACAAGAUACUCAACCUCCAUGAGACACAGUGACCAUGUAAAAUAUAUAUAUAAAAUGCCUGGCAAGCAUCUGACUCAUGUAGGUACCCAAAAUUUGAUCACUUUCACUUUCUUUUGCUUCCUUGGAAGUUUAAAACAAAAUUCUGAGGUAAGUUUCAAUUAAAGUGGGUCAGGCAGACUGAUUCCAGCAAGGUCAAAGCAUCUCCUUUUCUUUAAUAAAAUAUCUGAAUAUCUGAACAAGAAACAACUUCUGUUUUUCAAGGUUGAAAUGAUGAAUUAUUGAACUUUCAUUGCUGUUUGUUUUCUCUCUUACCUCCUAACUACUACAUAUAAAUGAGAUAUCUUGGUUUCCCACUGAUAUCUCAAAUUCAGUGUUUCCCAAAUAAAACAUAAUCUUUUCCAAUAAAAAAGCUCUUUCUCAUAAGUUCUCCAUGGCUAUUAAUGGACCAACAGUCUUUCAGUUCUCUACCAUAUCCAAACAUAAGUUAAAAUAGAG